CGCCCGACCAGCUAUCCACGGUGAAACGAUAGACAGGAGGACCGCGCGUUUCCACCUGGAUCGCGUUCACCGUCGAUCGAUCGACGGGAAGUCGGAACGGCGUAGAUCGUUGAGUAUCGCUGCGAUUACGUCGAGGAACGCUCUAUAGAUAUAAAGGACGAUAAUCGAAGAAAUUCCGUGGAGGUUCGUCGGGAGCGGGUUCUUCCCCAUGGAGGGACUGGAGGCGGGAGUGGUGGCGUGAAUCUCGUGACAACCGGCUAAAUCGACGCACAACGCGCUGGAAAUCACCGACGCUGUUGUAUUAUGUCACACUCCCACGCGAGCGACGGCCGCCGCUGCCGGCGCGACGGUGAACCGAGCCAACGUCGUCGUCGUUUGACAUUUCCACGAGCGUGGAGCGGUUAACGCGAACCCGGUGUUCGUGUCGCCGUUCGUGCCGUCGUUGGUGCACGCAUCGGUGCCCAGUCAGUGUUAUGCUACGUCGCGAUCACCUCUUCAUCCUCGUCGUCGUCGUCUUCGUCGUCUUGGUCCUGGUCGUCUUCGUGAUCGUGAUCGACGUGUGACGAGCCUCGGUCUCGCACGAUCCUGCGCUGCCAUAGCGUGCUAUCCAACGAGACUGGCCAUCCGGUCUCAGUGACUAACCUGGUGCCCCGCGAUUAGAAGAUUCGCCUGGUGUUUCGCACACGGCCGUACACGCGUAUGCGCGUUGGUACGUAGCAGCGCGUGACACGCGUGGCUGUCGAUCGUGUAAGCGGCGGCCGAUCGAGUCGUGGAAUCGUGAAAGAGAUCGUGGAUGCCGGUUGGUGAUCUUCUCUGCUCGGCCCGAGUCAGUGUGGGAUUGGUCCAGGCACCUGUGAGAAAUCGCAAGAAUCCGACCUAGAUCGAGGGGAUCGUGUCUCGAGGGAGGACCGAGGAGGCUCUAAGCCAUCCCCGUGUACCGGGACAGGACCAAGAGAGGAGGACCGCAGGGGCAGGCAGUCUCCCCGCUCGGUCCGUCGUCGAGAUCUUCUGGGAAUGUUCGAGUGCGACGUUCGAUGUUUCGUGGAUGGAGAACGUAGUAGGAUAAUCACGCGAGUGCGUUUCGUUGCGGUUCACGUUGCCACGAUUCGUUCGUAACUAACGAGACGAGGAAGUGAAUGGUUCUUACGGUAACAAAGAAGAGGACCAAGAAGAGGACAGUGUCACAACGCGUGUGAAAUGGAUGGUACGCCAAAGAAAAUCGAAGCAGUGUUAAUAUAUGGAUGCCCAUGGGUGGAAUUUGGCCGAAAUGUGCCAGCGUUACCAUCACGCUGUACCGGCAGCCCAAAAUUCUUCGCCAGCUAGGGAUCCCUCGGCCGCCAUCGUGCAAGGCUUGUCAACGGCUGCGCACAUCGACCAGGCUAGCCCUUCUUAUUCCCAUUACACGAUGCUGGAUAAUUAUGACAGGGGUGAGGUGACACCACCGCCGGUGAGCAGUUAUGGCGGUUCCCCUGGACUCUUGGCACUUCAUUCCUCGCUUUAUGCGACACCCACGUCGAGGGCCUACGACAUCGAGUCGAACAUCGACGGCAACGACAGUUCCAUGCCCAUCGAUACCCAAAUCAUUUCGAUACCGGGAAUGUUGAGCGGCCCGGCGCAACAGCGACUGGAGGACAUGUCUUGGCUGGCUUCCGGUCCGUCGCUAGAAUAUCAACAAGGCAUCUCGCCGAUUCCCGCGGGAGUGAAGAUGUGCCAUCCAGGCAGCACGGCCCAGAGGAGCCUGAAGGAGCAACGGAUACGUCGCCCGAUGAACGCGUUCAUGGUCUGGGCAAAGGUCGAGCGCAAGAAAUUGGCCGACGAGAAUCCCGAUCUCCACAACGCCGAUCUCAGCAAGAUGCUAGGAAAGAAAUGGCGAGGGUUGACCCCGCAGGACAGAAGGCCGUACGUCGAGGAAGCCGAGAGGCUGAGGGUCAUACACAUGCAGGAACAUCCGAACUACAAGUACAGGCCACGGCGCAGGAAACACGCGAAACGGGCCCCAGGGGCGCCGUCCUCUCCUCCGUCCGCGACCAACACCACGGCCAAUAGGUCCAACCCCUCUGGUACCACGAUUCAUCAUUCCAUGUCCAAGAUGGACAGUUAUCAAGGCAUUCCUCAGAUCCCGUGGGGCGGCCAUUCCCCGAUCUCAUCCCUGUAUCACCAGCAGCAGCAGCAGCAAGGUAUCCAGGAGUACAAAUCGGAGAGCAAUUCCUUGUACGGUAGUCCUUAUACGCCUAUCAUUCACACACCGGACAUAUCUCCAGUUGCCAGUCCCGAGCCAGAUGGUGACGGAACGCAUUUGCCAUCGAAUCAAAAUCCAGAUCCCGAACGAGAUCUGUUGGAGGGUUCGUCGAAGCAGCACGGCGAAAUGGGCGAGCAAACGAAACGGUACACUUUCAUGAGUACCGAUAAUCAGCUGCACACGGGUCAUGCUGGUGGUACUAGCAUAUCGUCGUGUCAGAAUUCUGGUGCUUACACAGAUACUCUGACUUACAAAAAAUCAGUGAGUUACUUAAAUUUCGAGAGACAGCCGUCGAGCAUAGCCGCGGUGGGUAUAGCAAACGGGAUGAUGGUGUCGUGCAAUAAAUUGCGCUCCGGAUUUGAGAAUGUUGGCUCUGUGACGGGAACUUUUUAUCCGCCAGUCGCAUCCCCGCACGAUCAAUCGUUGCAGCACUACACGAGCACCCAGUCGUCCAAGACUGCCAACUAUUCGAUGCAGUCCACCGUCGAGGGCAACUAUAAUCCUGUUCAGUGUGCCAAUCGACAACAGUCCAUGGGGAUUCGCGGAGCCGCCGAAGGUUGUUCCGGUGUAUCCCACCGGUACCAAAUGACUCAUCACCAGGAGUAUCAGACGGAGGGCACCAGCGCCGGUCAACAGCACGCAAUACUGGGCCACAUGGAGGCAGCGAUGGCCACCAGCGCUGAGGAGGAGCAGCAACAGACGCUGCAGCUGGAGAAGUACUUCAAGUACUCUCAUCCGACCAGCGUGGCGCACACCAGCCUGGCCGCGCAGAAUCUCCUCGACAGCAAUCACAACUAUGCCAGUGAUCUGCGUUACUACACGCCCCAGCAGACGCAGCUGGACAUCUCGAACUCUCAGUGCAUCGUGGACGAUCAGACCAAGGAUGCUCGAUGCUCCAACGUGGCUAUAGGUCACGCGAUGGACCAGUAUCACCAGGCUAUGGACGUGGCUAAGUACCCGGAGCAUCAGCAGCAACAACAGCAACAGCAACAACAACAACAACAACAACAACAGCAACAACAGCAGCAGCAGCAGCAGCAACAGCCUCAGCAGGGUCAGCAGGGUCAACAGUCGCAGAGUAUCGAGCAUGUUUCGAAGGCGGACGACGAUUUCAGUGUUAUACUUGCCGACGUGCGCAAGACUUGUUACAGCAGCUAG